AUGAUUACUGUUGAGAUUAUAUUUACCUCUGAUCAGAUCAUUCACACCUUGGUGACUGAUAAGACUACCCACCACAAAAUGGUGUUUAUUGUUGUAUAUGGGCUGCAUAGUAUUGAAGAUAGGAAACCUUUAUGGAACAACCUUCAUAACUUAGAUGCCACUACCACAAUUGAGUGGAUUGUCAUGGGGGACUUUAACUCAGUCUUAUGCACUGAUGAUAGAAUUAAUGGAGUGCCUAUUUCUAAUGCUGAAACUUCUAAUUUUCGUCAGUUGCUUGAUAGCACUAGACCUCUUGAAGUGAAGGGGAUUGGAGAAUCUUAUACUUGGUCUAAUAAGAGACAAGGGGCUGGAAGGAUUUAUAGUAGAAUUGAUAGAUGCUUAUGCAAUACUCUAUGGAAGUGGCUGCAAGUUGAAGAGAGUAUUCUUAAACAAAAAUCAAGAAUACAAUGGAUACAAGUUGGGGACUCUAACAGCAUAGUAUUCUUUGAUGCAAUGAAGGAGAGACAUGCAAGGAAUUCUAUUGAUGUUCUAUAUUCCUCAAAUGGCACUAAGCUAGAGCAGGCUACAGAUAUUUAG